CUUUCUAGCCCUCGAGGAGCGCCCUUAUGAACUCGGUUUGAGGGCCGAGUUUUAACACUUGUUUGAUGUAUGUAGUCCGUAGCCUCUGGCUCACGCCAUCGUGGCUCAAGCCGUUGGCUUGAAUCGCUUGUAAAAAUUGUGCAUAGCACCCGAAACCAGAGAAUUGAAUUGUCCUUCGGUUGCGCCCCCUGUGUUCGCCGACGUCCACGCGCAGUCAGGAAGCGGCAUCGGCGUCGGUGCUGACAGCAGGCGGCGCACCUGUUGACAGUGGCCAGGCAGAGAAUUGGAACUCAUGACGUCGGAAUGGCGGUGGCCCCCGCCCUCCGCGGGGUCGCGGCCAAGCUGGCGGCUAGGCGAGCCGCUGGGCACCUACUCCCUCAACGACAACUUCGAGCAGGCCUUCGACGAGGCCGGGCUCAAGCGCUUCGACGCGGGGGCCGCGGGCCAGCCGCAGAACGUCUUCGACGGCUUCACGGAGGAGGCCUACGCGCUGUACCAGGCGCGCCGGGCGGCCUACGAGGGCUCCUCGAGGCCCUUGGAUGACAUGCUUCGCUGGCACGAUCGCCACGCGGAUCAGCCGGCCUUGGCGGGCUGCCGCCUUGCGCUGACCAGGGCGCUGCUAGUCAAGAUCCUUCGCUCGCCCAGCGACCGCCACGGCGGUUGGAAGGCCGUCGCCGUGCGCAGGGGUGCCACGGUCUUCCUGGCCGAGGUGGCGGAGCCGAGCCGCAAGGGCGGGGACAGCCGCGUGCUCUGGUCCGGGCUCCGCUUUCAGGCCAGCCUCGCGAGGCCUGCCGAGGGCGCGGCGCCGGCGGGGCUGGCAGGGGCCAAGCAGAUGGUCGUCGUGCCCGCCUCGCUCUCCUCGGGGGGCGGCGCCCUGUCGGUGCUCGUCUUCUCCGGAGUCGACUGCGUCCAGGAGGCCGCAGGCGGGCGGGCAUGCCACUGGCUGAGCCCCGAAGGCCGCAGGCUCUGGGUGGACAUGGCCUGCACGCAGUGGAGGGAGAACGCGAGGCGGCCGGGGCAGCCGUUCCUGGCGCCCCAGAAGGCGCUCGAGUACAUCUUGAAGCUCGAGGUUCUGGAGAUCCCGUCGCUGGCGCUGGGCAUGCGCGACGACCUCGGCGAGAUCAGGAAUCGGCCGGGGCGUUUGCUCAGCGCUCAGGGCAUCGCCUCGAUGACGCAUCGGCAGGCGCUCGAGAGGGACCUGGAGGCCUGCUGGGGUUCCUUAGCGGAGGUGCUCUUCAUCGCUGCUGCCACUGAAUUCAGGAGCGUGCUUGAGUUCGUGCCCGCUGCCGGCAAGUCCGCGGGAAAGGGCGAGUCGGGGACGCUGCGGAGGCGGCCGCUGAACGAGUCCGAGGAGGCAGUCUUCGGCGCGGGCGCCUCUGGCACGGAUGAUACUGAGGGUCCGGGAGGUGGCCUCGGUGAAGCGGAAAGACAGAGGCUCGUCGCGCCUUCUGUCACGCCCCCUCCGCAGCCCGCGGCCGCUCCAGAGCACUCGCAGCGUGGGGAAAGGCACGUGGCGGGCGGUGGCGGGACCGGCUCGCCCUCAGCUCGCGACGCGGGCGGAGGUGCGGCGACUCGCUCUGGCCUUCCGUCGGGGGCGAGAGGGGCUGUGGGCGCAGACUGGUCCAUUGAGCUAGACGACGAUGAGGAUGAGGAUGAUGCGGACGGCGAGGAUUCAGAGGCCCUCCGCGGCGCUAUCAGGGGACGCCUCGAGUCCGUCGUCGUCUUGCUGCCCGAGGGUUCCGUCGACGACGCGGUGUCCACCAUGCUGAGCAACUUCGUGGAGGACCACGGGCGCUACCUCGUCACUGCCGAGGUGGUCAGAGCCAGCCGCUUCGGCGCGCAGGACGGCGACGGGCUGCUGGUGCAGGUCAGGGCCCCGCUGGGGAUCGCGCGAGACCCGCUGCUCCUCCUGGGGGGCAUCCUGGCGGAGGCGACGGGCGAGGCGGAGGCCCCCGUGCUGCGGGUGCGGCAGCUGGAGAUCCCACAGGCCGAGCACGCGCCCCUCGGCGUGCGGGCGCUGGCCACCACCUGCGGCCUGCGCGUGGUCCGCGGCGGGGCCGAUGGCCUCGAGACGAACGACCUCAUCCUGGCAGUGGGCGGGGAGCUCCUGCGCGGCUCACCGGGCUCCGUCGGCGCCCGCUUCCGGGAGCUCGCUCGCCCGGGCGCUUCCGUCACCGUGGCGCGCAGCAUGCCGGCGCCCUGGAUCUUCGGCGACGUCGGCAGCCUCGGGCUUGGAGCAGAGGCUGCGACGACUUGGUGGAACAUCGGGGAGCCGCAGCAGUCGCAGCAGUCGGGCUCUCCCGGCAAGAGGCCUCAGCUCACGGACGGCGGCAAGUUCGAGGGCGAAGUCGUCAAGGUGAUGGCGGACAGGAAUUUCGGCUUCGUGCGCGAGGGGCACGUGGGCGCGGGCGAGCUGUUCUUCAGCCUGGACACGGUUCAGGGAACGGCGGGCCUGCCUCUCUGCCCCGGGGACCUCGUCUCGGGGGUCAGGCAGAUCGAGCAGAGCGGCCGAGCCAGGGCUGGCCGCCUCGUCGCAGUAGCGCUGCGGUCCCGCCAGCGACGAGCCGCAGAGGUGUUCGACCACGUGGAGAAGCUGCUCGGACAGCUCGAGGACGAGCAGCAUCAGCGAGAGGCCGUCCUCUACGCGACGUCCUCGCCCGCCUUCUGGUCCCGCGUGGUCGAGGACCUGGCGGAGGCCGAGAGGGAGGGCCCAGCUGCGGCCGACGGCCACGAAGACACGAACCCUGAUGUUCGCCAGAACCGCGACGACCUUGGGCGGCUAGCAGCCAGGGUGGCGGACAAGCUCCAGGACAAGAUCGCUGACCUGCCGUGCCAGAGUCAGGAGCUCUCCGUGAGCCAGGUCUUCUUCACGCAGGGAGACAUCUCGCCGAAGUUCGGGGCUGGCGGGAGCUUUGCCACCUUGAUCGGGCACCUGCUGCAGGGGAAGAUCACGCUGAGGGAUCCACGCUUGGAGUUGAUGGUUGUGAGGCUCGGAGGCCGCUACCGCUCGCUGAACAAUCGCCGCCUGUACAACCUGAAGCAGUUUCAAAAGGACUGCUGCCCGCACGAGGACAUCAAAGUGCCCGCUCGCGUCUACAAAUUGUGCCGGGUGACUGCGCGGGUGAUCCUGAGUUUCUGCUUGGCACGGAAGGUGUCGAUGAUUCGAGCCCGGCAGGCAGCUUUGGAGACCAUCGUUGCCGACGCCGACGCCCAUGCCCGGGCGGUAGAGUCCACGGCGACGCGAGUGCAGUUGGGUGGGGUCCUCUUCCUCGGCCUCCACUUGGGCCUGGACUCUCCACACCCACUCGUGGCAAUCGUCGACGGUGCGGUGGUCGCUCUGGACGACGCCCACUGCGGGUGGAAGUCGGCGAGGUCCUCUGCUGGAGGCUACGUCCAAGCCCGCGCGCACCCACUGUGCCCGCUGACGAUGAAGUUCCUCAGACACUGCUCCUCCGAGAACGACGGCGUGCGCGUGGCGGUGCGGCUGAAGACGGUGACGGCCGACUGGGUGCUCUCUCGCAUGUUCGGCGCCGCGCUCGAGCUUGCCAGGCGCCUCCGCGCCCCCAGGGUCUUGGAGGCCUUCUCGGCCGCCCUGGGGCCCCCGGCCCUCGCGGCGCUGCGCGAGGACCCCGGAGGCCUGGCCGAGCCCGUCGUGGACUUCUGCGGCCAGCUGGCGCGGAGCUGCCCGCAGGCGGCGCAGGCCGCGUGCCCCGUGCUCCACGGGCUCCUCGCCGCGGGCCGCCUGCCCGCCGACCGGCUCUUUGGGCUCUUCGAGGCGCUCGCCUCCUCGCGGGCGUGGCAGCACUCCGGCGCCGUGCGCUGGAGGCACACGCCGGCCGUGCCGUCCUGCCGCGAGGUGGGCGAGGCACUGGCGGGCGUCGCCAGGCCCGCAGCCCUGCCCAGCGUCCUGAUCGACAGGCCCUACGCCUCGAGGGAGGCCUACUUCGACACCUACUUCCGCCUCCUGCGCGAGGACGCCCACCACGGCCUCCGGGAGUCGCUGGCCUGCCUCCGCGAGGGCCAGCCCUGCGAGGACGGCAGCGCGGCCCCGGCGGUCUUUGUGGGCUGCGGCUUCGCGGACGCCGACCGGGCAGACGGUCGCCUCAAGCUCCAGUUCCGCAUCGAGCUCCCGCCCGAGAGGCUGCGGCGAGCCAGCCGGCACUGGAUGUACCGAAAUCUGGUCAUCCUCCUGGCUGGCCAGGGCGCUUUCGUCGAACGAGCCCUGCUCAUGCGGCACGAGUCUUCGGGCGGCCGGGCGAUGGUGUGGCUGGAGUGCUGCGACCGAGCCGCGCCGGGCGGCUGGACGCGCGUCCUCCUCGACGCCCUGCGGCAAGGCGUGCUCCUGGUUUUCAGCCCCACCUACUUCUACCCCUUCGAGCCGGUGCUGAAGGCCCUGCAGCUCGCGGAGGAGGAGCCGUUCUCCUUCGAGGCCGAACUGGUGGCCGGCCAGCCUUCCACUUGCUCGCCCAUGGCGCUCAGCGAGAGCGUCGAUUGCUCUGCCCUCCGGUCACUGGACGGCACUCGGCCAGACAACGGCAGCGUGCUCUGCGUCUGCGGCGCAUCUGCGAGCACGGCCGACUUCGGAGUGGAGGUCCCAGGUGGCAGCGCGCCUAUCAACGUCCGCGGCCUCUUCGUCGCCAGCUCGGGCAAGGAAGGGCACCUGUGGGUGGAGACUUCUGGUGCGGCCCCAAUCAUGGUAGUGGGCGCAGCGUCUGGUCUCCUUGGCGACCUCACCUUGCAGCCGAGGCCACAUCCAGGGGCACGGCUCCUCAGCCCGGGCGACGCGGCGGAAGUGCAGGAAGGCGCGUGGCUCGUCGCGUGCUACGAGGAGGAGCCAACGGUCUUCCGCGUGGUCAGGAAGCGUGGGUGUCUCGUGGGAGCAGUGGCUCUGCUGGAGGACCAGGACGUGCCACUGCGCCUGGACCCGAGCCAGCGUGAGGCCGCGGCAUAUGCUUUGCGGAACCGCGUGGCGCUGAUCCAGGGGCCGCCAGGCACCGGCAAGACCUUGCUGGGCCACGCCCUGCUGGAGAUGCUGCUGCCCAGGAGGGUCCUCGUGGUCACCUACAAGAACCACUGCCUGGACGAGUUCCUGCUCAAGUGCGAGAAGUCGUCGUUCGUGCGCAUCGGCGGCAGCCGCCACCCCGAGCUGGACGAGCGCAACCUGCGAUCCCUGAAGCGCAGCCUGUUGUCCCCGGAGGGCAGGAAGAAGCGGCAGGAGGAGAGCCCUGCAGAGGUCCAGCUUCGCAUCAGGCACAUGCGGCUUCGAGACGAGGUGCAGCAGCUCCGCGCACGCGCCCGAGGCCUCCUGCGCAGCUCCGCUGCGGCGCUGGAGCUCUCCGCGGAGGUCUUCCUGCGGUCCACGACCAACGAGCAGCUGGCCCUUUUCCUCGGGCGGCCCGCCUUCCAGCGAAUGCAGGCUGAGGUGCGCCGGAAGGCUGGCGACCAGCACCCCGUCUCCUGCUGGUUCUCCUUCAUCCGCGACGGUGCCGGCGCCGAGGCUGGCCCGGAGCUGGCCGCGCUGCACCAGCGCCAGAGGGCUCAGGUAGAGGACCUGCUGCUGCAGUGGUUGCCGCCUGCCAGCCUCUUCGCUUCUGCGUCGAGCGACGCGCCUGCCUCCCCCCACUUCGCCGCCUGGUCGGCCGCCGCGGCAGCCAGCGGAGGGGACGCCCAGGACGAGCCCGAGGAGGUGGAGGAGGAAGUGGACGGCCGGCAGCAGUUCGCAAAGGAACACCUGCGGGCCUCGGCGAGCGAGCUCAGUGAGGUCGUCACCUUCCAGCCGUCGGGCCGGUGGCCGUUGCUCGCGGCAGACGGCGGCCCAGCCGACGAGGGCAGGGAGGCGCGCCUGGCCCGGUCGGCGCAGCUCUGGCGGCUGUCUCAGGAGGAUCGCGCCGCCGUCGUGCAGACGUGGCUGCGCCAGGCUCAGGACCGCGCGGCCGAGUGGCUCGAGGCGGUGCUGGAGGAGCUUCGGGAGGCGGCCCAGGAGCUGGCCGAGGUGGAGCGCCUUGUGGAGCUCGACGUCCUGGGCGGCGUCAGCAUCGUGGGCAUGACGGUGACGGGGGCGAGCAUCCACGUCGAGCUCAUCCGGCGCUGGCGGCCUGAGGUUGUGCUCGUGGAGGAGGCCGCCGAGGUGCUGGAGCCGAUGGUCAUGGCUUUGCUGGGCUCCUCCGUGAAGCACCUCAUCCAGAUCGGCGACCACUUCCAGCUGCCCCCCAGGGUGGAGAACCACGAGCUGCAGGUUGGCCAUUUCUUCGCAACGAGCCAGAUGGAGCGGCUCAUCGGGCUGAAGUUCCCCCACAGGAGCCUCUGCGCCCAGGGCAGGAUGCUGCCCUCCAUGCUGGACCUCGUCGCCCCGAGGUAUCUGAGGGCCAACGUGCAGCUCACCACGAACAUGAGCGCCGUCCUCGCCGCCGGCCUGGAGCCCCCGCCGUUCCUGGGCUCCGAGGUCUUCUGGUGGGACUGCCGGGGCACGAUGACCGCGGGCAGGAGCAAGAGGAACGAAGAGGAGGCGGGCCGUGCCCUUGCCUUGGCCUUCUACAUCGUGGCGCAGGGCGUGGAGCCGUCCAGAGUCACGAUCCUCGCGGCCUAUCUGGGGCAGGCGGGCCUCCUCCGGAGCCGCCUCGCUCAGGAGUUUCCGGCGCUGCGCCGUCGCCUGGGGCUGGGGGAGGAGCUGCGGCAGGUGUCCGCGGAGGUUCCGGAGGAGCUGCUCCGCGACGGGCAGCUCACGGUGCCGAAGCCCAAGCCGGCGGCCCAAGUUUUCGCGAGCGAGAUUGCAGGGUCGGGCUCCCGCCAGCAGGGGGCGGCGGAGCUCCGCGACGUGACCGGGCGGCCGAUCUCGCCGGGCGUCUACAGUGCCAGCGCGAAGGACGCCAAGGGCGUCCGCUCGCUCACCCCCAUCUCGAUCCUGGAAGAGGACGCCAUCAAGGUGCACACCGUGGACAGGUACCAGGGCGAUGAGAACGACUACGUCAUCGUGUCCUUCGUGCGGUCGGAGUCGGAGUGCGGCGACGAGCCGCAGACGAUCGGCUUCCUCGGAACGCCCGAGGGCGGCAAUCGGCUGCUCGUGGCCCUGUCUCGGGCGCGCCGCGGCCUCUACCUGAUCGGGAACUCCCAGUGGCUGGAGGCCGCCCGCGGGAAGACAGACCACUGGAAGGAGCUCUUCAGCACGCUCCGCGGCAAGGGCUGGAUGGGAGCCAGCCUCGUGCUGCGGUGUCCGAGGCACCCCGAGCGGACGCUGGAGGCCAAGCGCCCCGCCGACAUAGACUUCGCUCCGUGCCGUCAGCCCUGCGGCGCCCAGAUGGGCUGCGGCGUCGAGGGCCACGUCUGCCCGCGGCCCUGCCACGCGCCGGAGUUCCUCCACAGCGCAGGGGCGUGUCGCGUCCCCGUGUCUGCCAGCUACAGCUGCGGCGAGGAGCCCAAGCACGUCUUCGAGAUGCUGUGCUACCAGGCCCAGUCGGCACACCACUUCAGGUGCCCCUUCACGGAGGUGUCGGCAUGCGAGCGCUGUCCGCAGCACGUCUUGAAGCGCCUCUGCGGCUCGCCCUUGGCUCCUUGUGUGGCGCCCUGCGAGCUGACGGUGGAAGGCUGCGGCCACCAGUGCCAGGAGCUGUGCUGCAUGCCGUGCACCACGCAGCCAAAGUGCAGAGCGAUGAGGGCCUUCUCGUGCCCGCAGGCAGACGGGCACAGGAAGAUCAUGGCCAUGUGCUGCGAAGGCUCGCCGGAGGGCCGCUGUGGCGCGGCCCUUGCCCAGCGCUGCCUGAGCGCAUGCGCGCGCCGCCUGCCGUGCGGGCACCCGUGCCCGCACAGGUGCGGAGAGGCCUGCCCCGAGCAGUGCCCGGCGCCCUGCGCCCUGAGCCUGCCGUGCGGCCACCCCUGCGCGGCGCCGUGCGGGGCUCCGUGCCAGUGCAGGGCGGAGGUGGAGGUGCCCGGCGGGUGCCCGCGCCGCGGCCACCGCGUGCUCGCGGCGUGCGGAGAGGAGGCCACGGCGCUCUGCGCGGAGGCCUGCGGAGAGGAGCUGGGCUGCGGCCACCGCUGCCGAGGCGCCUGCGGGCCGUGCCGCCGGGACGGCCACCCGGUCUGCCAGCAGAAGUGCAAGCGGCUGCUGCCGUGCGGCCACAGGUGCCGCGGGAAGUGCGACGAGCGCUGCGACCCGGGCGGCUGCCGCAAGACCUGCGGCGCAGAUCUCCCUUGCGGCCACAGGUGUGCCGGGGUCUGCGGGGCCUGCGUGCAGUCUGGCUGCCACGCGGAGUGCAAGAGGUGCCGGCCGAAGGCCUCCAGCCAGUCGGCCUGAACUCAUCGGUUCAGAUAGAAUUGCGUGGUUGCCAUAUCUGCCGUGCGCAGA